UCAGGAAGCCACAUCCAGGGCCGGUGGGCGGGGACUGAGUGCAUUGUUGAUGUCCAGGAAGGUGUCCUGGUUUUCGCUGAUAGCUGAUUUCUGUGGGUGCAGCCGGGGUGCGCGCUCAUUGGCCGGCAGGUGGGUAAAAAGCGGCAGACUACACGCUAGGUUCGGCUGUACCAGUUCAUAUGGCAGGGGUGACUAACUUGUAGCUCACUAGCUGUUGUAAAACUACAACUCCCAACAUGCUUUGACAGCGUUUUGGCUGCGAAGGCAUCAUGGGAGUUCUAGUUCUCCAAUAGCUGGUGGUCUACUGUUUGCUCUCUCCUGCUCCAAGCAGUAAGGGGACAUGUGUCCAUUGCUAGCUAUAUGCACAGAGCAUACAUUCACUUCCUACUCAGGGUGGCAGGAAACACUUUUAGCCCAAUUAUAACUUGUAUACUUACAGUAUUAGUGUUUUCUCAAUUACUUUAAACAUUUAGACUUUUUAAGUUAAUAACUUUAUUAUUGUGACUGUUCUGAUUUUACUUUAUUAAAUAAAACCAUGAUAAAUGGUAAUCUUGUGCACUCUCCUCUUUAGUGAUUGAUAUACUUGUUGUUAAAUUGCCCUUAGUUAUAUCAUAUUUUGGACCUAGACAUAAAGGUGAAAAUAUUGUUUCGUUCAGAAUGAGGGUGGAAACUCCAUAUUUGUGUGAUUUGUCAUCAGCUGGCCAUAAAAUUGUACUGAUUUAUACGUGAAAACGCAAUGACCAACUGAUAAGUUUCAAAAAAGGCCAGUUAGAAUAAAACAUAAAUUUAGCUAUUUUUUGUUUCAAAUUUAGUGUCAAAGUUUUUUUCUUUCAUACUACAUAUAUUUAAAGGACCACUCUAGGCUCCCAGACCACUUCAGCUUAAUGAAGUGGUCUGGGUGCCAGGUCCCUCUAGGAUUAACACUUAAAAAAAAAAAAAAAACAUAGCAGUUUCAGAGAAACUGCUAUGUUUAUAAUAGGGUUAAUCCAGCCUCCAAAUCCUCUAGUGGCUGUCUCAUUGACAGCCGUUAGAGGCGCUUGCGGGAUUCUCACUGUGACAAUCACAGUGAGAACACGCAAGCGUCCAUAGGAAAGCAUUGUAAAUUGUAAAUGCUUUCCUAUGAGACUGGCUGAAUGCAUGCGCAUUCAGCCGAAGGGGAGGAGAGGAGGAGGAGAGCUCCCCGCCUGGCGCUGGAAAAAAGGUACGUUUUAACCCAUUCCUCUCCCCAGAGCCGGGCGGGUGGGGGCACCCUCAGGGCACUAUAGUGCCAGGAAAACGAGUAUGUUUUCCUGGCACUAUAGUGGUCCUUUAAAGGAACACGACAAGCGCCAUAGCCUGAAUUAGUGGUUUCAUUAUCAGGGGUGCCUUGGCGCAGUAAAAGUUUAACUUGUGAAACCUAUUUAAAAUGGUUCCACAAGAAAAACCGGCUGAUGUAACCCUUGCUUCCAGAAUUGUCCAAUGUAUACCAUGCAGAACGUGUCUCUCAGCAAUGAGCAUGGUCCUGAAUCAGCCAUCCUUUAUUUCUACGGAUAAGUCCAGCUUUUCCUGCAGCUAAGCUUUCAAACCGUUCUAAAAUGUUUGACAAAUUACACUGAUUAUUCAACAAGGCACUCCCGGUACCAUAACCACUAAAGUGUGAUAAAGUGGAUAUGGUGCUUGGAGUGUUACUUUUACAUUUGGAGUGGGCAAUCUUUAUUGUUGUAUCUGGUUCAACUGCAAUUACAACUCAGAUAAUACUCAUCCAGCCAAAAGCUUAGUGAAUAAAAACAUUUAAAAAAACCCAAAAAAAACCUUCUCAAUGUUAGAGUUAAAUAGUUUUUAAAUAGUUUACAUAUACUUAUAUUCCAAUUCUUCUUCACAGAUAUUGCUAAAAUGGUAAGGAUACUCAGAGCACCAUAACCACUGCAGUAGGACUAAACUCCAAAAUUUAUAGAAAUAAAUCUGUUUUGCAAAACACAGACAAAAGUAGCCAAGCUGUGUCUACAUAUGAAUUAGACAAUUAUUUUAGAUUAGUUAUUUUUAGCCUCAGUUUUGCUACUCCGAUUUGUUUACCUACUAUUCAGAGUUUGCUUCGCUCUCUGGACUAGGAGAGGUCUACCCACUGGAAGCUGGAUCCUGAUCUUGGGUCCAGGGUGGGUGGAGGACAGAGAGACCCCAACCAAGCUGCAGCGGUUUGUGGAGUUCAUGGUGGUUAUGUGCGGUGCUUAUUGUGCUCGCAAGUACUAGGAAGCAGCGAUUGGCAGAGUUACCCGGUCAGGGUGCUAGGCAAUUCAUCACACAAAUUAAGUGGAAUUUUUCUUAUAGCUGAUUCAUAAAUUAGAUGCAUACUUCUUUCCAACAAAGCUACUAAUUUCCUUUCCUCUCAGGCACCCAAAUGAGACAUUGUGUACUUCUUAUACCACAGCUUAUGAAGUAUUACAACUUGUGCUCUUUCACUAUUUAUUUUAAUUACUCACGUUAAAUUAGUCUACAUGUUUCAAAAGAAGAAGGCCUUUAGCAAUCUUAGCUAUGACCGUGUUUUCAGAGAUCCCAUCUGAGACUAAACAUAUAUAGAGAAUAACAAAACUAUUAAUUAGUAAUUUGCCCAGGAAGUUCGUAGUUGCUGGAGAGGUUGUGGUGAAGUGGGAACUUUGAGUUCCUUGUUAAUCCAAACCGUCAUGGACAUUCUUAGAUUGAAAUUUUUUUAAGUGUAUUUAGCUGGUAUGGGAGGUUCUGCUUGCUGCUGAGUGUAUUUAGCAUUUUUAUGCCUUCUCUGUAUAUUGCAUUAAACAGUGUUGGAGCCAUUGUUGACCUUGUCAUGAGGAAGUGGCCAGUGAAAGGGGAAGAGAUGGCCAAGAAGAGGAGAGGGAUAAUGAAAAUGGAUUUAGGCACUUUUACUUCUGUUAAUUGAUUUCUACUGACGAUUUUGCAAUUGGGCUCAAAAUACUUGUCAUCAGUGCACAAAUACAACUGUCUGUCUAUCUAAAUAUUACUUUUUGUUUUCACACUGUGUGCUUGUUAUUUCAACUCCUCUUCUUAUCAUGUAUGACCAGUUUGACUGACAUACUGCAUCGUACAUAAUCUCAGGACAGCAGCAGGAGAUACAUAUUGCACAAAUAUCCUAUGUGUAAGUGCAUACCCAGCCUAUCCAACAGCACCAGUUCCUUUCCAACUGUCCCCGUUAACCCAGCCCUUCUCCUAUUAACUAUAUGCCAAUACAGGGGCUGGGGAGACAGAUUUCCAUUGUCCCAGCUUAUCUCUAAAGAAAGAAGGGAUGAAUUAAAAGGACACUCCAGUCUCCUAAAGCACUGAAUGUCAUUGUCCCGCAGACAGAUAGGAAGGUUUGUUGUUGAUGGCGAUUGCUGAUCAUGCAUUAUGUGUCUCUUUGCUUCUGGAGAAGCAUCUAAUUGGACACAAGUCAGCAGUAAUGAUGACUUCAUAGGAGGCAAAUCAGUGCUGCAGUGCAGAGACCAUCCUAAUGGAGGAAUAAAGGUGAUUUUAGUCCUUUCAUGCCUAAAGCAUUAGUAUGCUACAUUGGACUGGCGGAUUGCUGUGAUUCCUGCGCAUUUCCUGUGUGUACUCAAUGCUUCUGUAUGAGAAGCAUCUGAUUUGAAUCCCAUUUAUUUAUUUCAGCGUUUAUCUACUGAAGUGAGAAUUUAAAGUGAAUUUCAAAUAUAAGGUCCAAAGUAGCUGAACUGAAUGCAUAGCUGGUUGAAAUAUUUUUUUCCAUUUUGGCUCUUUUGACCUUCUAUUUGGAAUUUAGUUUAAAUUCUCACUUUAGUAAAUAAUCCUGUUCAUUUGUCAAAAAUAAGUCAAAGUUGUUCAAUGGAUAAUUUAUGAGCAAUUUGACCAGAUGAGUUUCAUUCAUAUAUACUAAACCAAUUUUUUUUAAGCAGAAAUGUUAAAAGCAAAAUAUUAAAGAAACAUUCCAAGCACGAAAACAACUACAGCACUCUGUAAUUGUUCUGGUGCCAUGUUUACCUCCCCCUGUCCACCAUUGUAAGUUGUCAAGCCAUUUUAGAACAGUUUGACUUCUUACCUUCGGUCUGUUGGGUGCCUUUCCAUUGGUAAAGGGAGGAUACAGUUCAUUACUACAAAUUUCUGCUAGUCUAAUAAAAAAUGGUAUUAAAGCAUAUUGCAAUAAUUCACUAUUUUGUACCCACUAUUACCAACAAAGAGUCGGAAGCUCUCUGUCUGAGCUAUGCCUGGCAUUGCAGGUCAUAGCCCAUAAGUUUAGAGAUCUCAGCUGUUGCUCUCAGCCAAUGAGCUGGUCCUACAUUGCCAAAAGCUCCUAGUUUCCAGCAUAAGUUCUAAAACAGUUUGACUGCGUAUAGUUAAGACUUGUGCCUACGCAUUCCUGGCGCCAUAGCCACUCCAGAGAGCUUCAGUAGUUAUGGUCACAAUAAAACAGAAAUAGGUUGCGCCACAGAUUAGUAAUGUUAAAAAGAAAAGCUGAUACAAUUAUCAAAAUUAAAAACAAGUAGAAACCAUAAAAGUCCAAUAUUUAAAAAAAAUAAAUAAAAAGACAAUACAAAGUCUAAAGUAUGAGGUAUAGUAGAUAAUAUAGUCAGGACCUUAAAUUUGUUGAUUUUCUGAAGGUCCAUAUUUCCCAUAAAAAGUAGAAGAAACUAAAAUAAUGUAAUAUGUCACAGACAAAAGGUGGGUAGUAUACAGUACAUAGUGGUCCUACUCACAAUUUGUGGAGCUAAUACAAGCUCUAGUGUAAUUUGCAUUCAGUGGUGUUGAACCCCAACUGAUAGGAUGUAGGUGACGGUGCUUCCAACGGGUAUUUUCAGAGUUAGUGUCCCAAAAUAAAAAUAAAACCCAAGGCAAAAUAGUGCUCUCUGUAUAAACUAGAUAUAAAAUAACAGAUAAAAGGUCUUGUACUCACAUUUGAUUGAACAGGAACCACUGCUCAAUAUUUAAGGCAUAGGUGGUAUAAUCCCCAUCUAGGAUUCUUUAAUGAGAUGUUCUUUGAAGUUCUAGGUGACCAGGUUAAAAUAUAAAUAAAAAUUAGAAAUCUAAAAGGUAUAUGGCUCAAUAGGUAAAAUGGCCAAAUUUUUUUUUGUUACUAUUUUUAGGGAGGCAAGAGUGGGCCAGGGGGGCUAGAUGGUGGUUUUAACACUAUAGGGUCAGAAAUAGGUUUUUGACCCUAUAGUGCUCCCUUAAUAUUACUAAUCUGUAUUUCUGUUGUAUUGUGUACAUUUUGGGGUUUUGUGAGGGAGCCUCAUUUUUAGGUUUUGCUGCUGCAUUUAUAUAUUUACUGAUAGGUCACUCAGCACUGAUCCAUUUAUUGCUUGUAGUAGUUAUGGUGCACGGAGUAUUCCUUUGAAAGAUCGUGAAGGAUCAUGUUCAAGAUUAAGCCUUUUUUUUUUUACUUUAAUGCAAAACAUAGCUGUUUGGUGUGGUUUUGUGUUGGUCCCUAUCUUCUCAGUGGUUUCUAAAUUUCUACUGUUGCUAGAUGCUGAACACACACUAUGGGAUCUGCAACAUCUUCUCACAAUGGUCACUCAAAAGCCAUGAAGCAGGCUAAUAAAACAGAUGUUGCUGAAGAAGAUGAUUUGUUGAAUGAAGUGGACAGAGAGCAAGACAUUGCUCAGUUUCCAUAUGUUGAGUUUACCGGAAGGGAUAGCAUUACAUGCCCGUCUUGCCAGGGGACUGGAUGUAUUCCCACAGGUAUGAUAAAUUACACUGCUGUAAUGUAUUAUUAUUGUUUAGUUUUUAGUUUUUUUUUCAUUUUUAAUAAUCAUUAAUGGAACGCUAUAGGGUCAGGAAUACCAACAACCCUAUAGUUAAAAAUAUAAUCUAGGUGGCUUGCCUACCCCCCUCCUUAGCCCCCUCUAAAGGUAAGAAAAUAUAACUUCUGGAGCCGUGCAGCACUGGCCCUGCCCGAUUCGACUCCUUGAUGACAUAAUCAGAAUUUACGAUUUCAGCCAAUCCAAUGCUUUUCCUAUGGGAAAACAUUGGAUUGGCUGAAAUCAGCAAGGAGACAGGAUAGGAUUGGGGUCAAAUGCUGGCUUGGCCAAUGAGCCCCUCUAAUAGAGAUGUAUUUAAUCAGUGCAUCUCUAUGAGGAAAGUUCAGCAUCUCCAUGCAGAGUGUGCAGCACUGCCCCAGGAAGCAUCUGAGGAGUGGUCACUGGAGGUGUCCCUAUGGGGCAAUAUAAACAGUGCUUUUUCUCUGAUGCUGAGUUAAGAGUUUGUUUUUCCAGAUCUCCUAUUUAAGAAUAGAUUUUGCCAUUCAGAUUUCAGUUUGCAAUUGCCAGGGGUUUAUUGAAUAAACCCCAAAGAGUUAAGAUAUCCAUUUUUGUGGCUGUCCUAUGUUCACACCUUUUUUGCCUCUCAGAAUCCUAGAGCAGAGGUGCCCUAAAGGUAGCUCCCCAGAUGUUGUAGAACUACAACUCCCAUGAUGUUUUGCAUGCUUUUAGAAUUUUAAAAACAUCUGGGGAUCUACCUUUUGAGCACCCUUUUCCUAGAGUGUAUGGUAGGAUACCACAUUAAAAUACUCCACACCACAUAAUCACAUUUUACAUCUUAUGGUAAAGUUUAUAUUUCCACGAGGUAACAAUGCUUCUUUUUUUAUUUUGUUUGUUGUUCCACUGUAAUCCACAUCCCAUCUCCCCUUCUCAAAUAUUAAUUUAUUCUGUAGAGACCUUCUUGUUGGUAAAUCUAAGGUAAGAAGUCAAACCUUAAGCAAAUGGUUUGACUACUUAUAUUGGGGAGUGUGGGGGUUCUACAGUUCAGCUUUGUCAUAUUUGCAACACACACGUAUACUUCUGUUCAGUAAAUACUUUAUCAUUUAAUCGUGUUUUGUUCUUACUUUUAGAACAAGUCAAUGAGUUGGUUGCAUUAAUCCCAUAUAGUGACCAGAGGCUACAGCCACAGAGAACGUAAGUGUGUUUACAUUGCAUAUAUUUCCAUAGAGUUCUGUUUUUAGGGGUUUGAAGUGGGGAAUUGCUUAAGUGAAAUAUAUUCCUCUUUAUAAUUCUCUGUAUUUAUGAUGUUCAAACACAUUGUUUAUUGCACAGUGUCAUUGUAGCCUGCAUUUACCAAGGGGCUGCUUAAUACAUGUGAUUGCCAUGUCCAAUGCACUACAAUUUAUUUAUUAUUUAUCUAUUCUCCUGUUAACUCAUAGACAUACAGUAUACAUCUUGGUCACUUGUUCACAGUGGCCAACGACGUAUGUUGCAUGUUAUAGGUUUAUAGUGCGUCUCUCUGCUAUUAGCGAGACCUGGGUAUUACUGUGCUAUUACACCUCAAAAGUGAUGAAGUAAAGGAUAGCCCCGUAGGACUGCCCAAAGCAUCCGAUCACUUUAGCAGCAUGCCCAAAAAAUCAGAUGCCCUCUACCAUCCGGCUGUCGGGACAACAGGUACAUACUGAUUGCAGCAAUAUUUCUGGAUGUCUCCAGCAUGUACUUGGCUAUUGCUAGCUGUUUCACCAGGGAAGAAGCCAACAAUAGUAACAGAUUGGAUUCCAGCCUGUGUAGAAGCCAGUGACAGUAAUUCCAUGCAUUACCUGAAAGCUAAGUCAGUGUGAGCACUGUGAUUGUCUCUCACAGCAGUGACUCAUUCCUGGAACCAAUUUACUAAACAGUGCACCGUUUAAGGGUUACUGUAAGCACCAAAACAACUUAAAGGGAUCCUAUAGUGCCAGGAAAACAAAGCCAUUUUCCUGGCACUAUAUGUUUUUAAGGAACCCCUUUUCCUCGUUAAAACCCUUUCAGCCACCUACCUGAAUUCCGCUCUUAUGUCCCUCAGCACUGGGUCAGGUUCCGUCCACGCUCUUCCCCCACCGAUGUCAGUUGGCAGGGGAGACCUAAUGGGCAUGUGUGCCAAUGGCCGUGCACGCAUUAGGAUUUCCCCAUAGGAAAGCAUUAUUUAAUGCUUUCCUAUGGGUAAAAUCUGAUGCUGGAGGUCCUCAUGCAAAGCAUGGGGAUGUCCAAUAUCAGAUAAUGGACCAACGGUCCUUUUCAAUCCCGGAAGCGUCCCCAGUGGCUGUUUGGUAGAUAGCUACUGAGGGGAGACUUAGAAUUGCAAUGUAAACAUUGCAGUUUUCUGGAACUGCAAUGUUUUACAUUGCAACACUAAAUGCAAUAGAAACACAGCAUCCAGACCACUUAAAGGACCACUCUAGGCACCCAGACCACCUCAGCUUAAUGAAGUGGUCUGGGUGCCAGGUCCUUCUAGGGUUAACCCAUUUUUUCAUAAUUAUAGCAGUUUCAGAGAAACUGCUAUAAUUAUGAAUGGGUUAAGCCUUCCCCUAUUUCCUCUAGUGGCCGUCUCAUUGACAGCCACUAGAGGCGCUUGCGUGCUUCUCACUGUGAUUUUCACAGUGAGAGCACGCCAGCGUCCAUAGGAAAGCAUUGUAAAUGCUUUCCUAUGAGACCGGCUGAAUGCGCGCGCAGCUCUUGCCGCGCGUGCGCAUUCAGCCGGCGGGGCGUAACGGAGGCGGAGAGGAGGAGGAGAGCUCUCCGCCCAGCGCUGGAAAAAGGUAAGUUUUUACCCCUUUCCCCCUUCCAGAGCUGGGCGGGAGGGGGACCCUGGGGGGGGGGCACCCUCAGGGCACUAUAGUGCCAGGAAAACGAGUAUGUUUUUCUGGCACUAUAGUGGUCCUUUAAAUAAGCUGAAGUGGUCUGGGUGCCUACAGUGUGCCUUUAAGCUUAAUGAAGCUGUUUUAGUUUAUAGAUCAUGCCCCUCUAGUCUCCUUGCUCAAUUCUCUGCCAUAUAUGAGUUAAUGCAAUGCUGUCACCACUCCCCCUGCUUAAUUAGUACUACAUAAUGAUAAAAUGUUUAGGAAAUUUUCAUACUGGCAGUGUUGGAACCCAGUCAAAAUAUAUACUGAGGCAAAGUAGAGACUACGAAACGCUGCGGAAUAUGUUGGCUCUUUAUAAAUGCUAGUAAUAAUAAAAAUAAAACAGUAAAACAAAUGAGUAGCAAAAGUCCAAAAGCAUGGAUACUCAGAAGAAUCUUGGUCCUUAAGAGGUUAAUAGAAGUUCAGCAUAGUUUUAUUUUUGAGCGACCUUUAAUUUUUGUUAUUCCAUAAACAUAGAGGUUGUAAAUCCCAUUGUACAUCGCUAUGGAAUCUGAUGGACGCUAUAUAAAUAAUAAAAUAAUAAAUCUGAUCUAAUGGCAUCUCUGACAUAAAUUGGACUAAUGUGAUUAACUUGCUCUCUAUAAAGAUUGCUUUGAAUUUUAGAUAAAUGCAUGGUUCAAUUCCUCAUUAAACUCUUGUUCAAGUACAUUUUGACUUUGUUGUAGGCUUGUCGCUGCUGUCAUGCAUGACAUCACUAGAUGGUUUGUUUAUGCCAAACUCAAUAGUAGAGACACUACUUUUUUACCCUGAUAUUUGCAUAAUUUCAUUUAUACCUAGCAACAGAAAUUCCCCCCACCAAAAAAAAUAAAAAAAUAAAUUAAAAAAGAGUCCGUAAAUGGAAAUACUACCACUCUGCGUAUUGUGAUAUUCAUUUCUUCUCCAUUACAUUGAUACUCAUUGUCUAAAUUCACCAAAACAUAUGUCUGUACACACAUUUCAACCUUCAUCAAACUGAACAAUUGUGGUAUUGGGGGAGGGAGGAGCAGGCAGUCAUAUACACUAAAGCAUUGUUCCUGUGACAACAGAAAUAUAAGAAAGUGGGUGAAAAGUUGUCCAUAAGACUAAUUGCACUGAUAAGGAUGUUAAAGGAGGAUGUUUUGUCUAACCUGUGUGCGUUUUUAUAUCCUUUUGUGUCAUAUAUUCUAUUUGUGUCAUAUUCAUAUAUAAAAACAGCUUGCAUGCCAAUAUUUAAAUUAUGUAUUUUUCAUGGGUGUGGAAAUGUUAGAAAAAUCUACGUAUCCAGGGCUAAAGUGGUAGUCCAAUCUACUUGUCCAUUGUCGCAUUCUACUUGUCCUGACACACAAAUUAUUUUCAGAUUGGGGCCCCUGCUUUGAGCUCUGGACAUAUUAACCCUGAAUUUGUCAUCCUCGGUCUCCCAUAGUGUGUAGUGUGUGUAUGUGUUUGCUAUUUAUAAUUUGUUUGUGUAUCCUCUGUGUUUUUGCCUUCCUCCUGCUUAGCUUUCUGCAGGGAGAGGGGGAUAUAACUUCUGGUGGUUCAGCAGAGGACAUACCCUGAUGGUCCAUCAGAAGUCCUUUAUCUUUUUCAGGACCAUCAGGGUGUGUCCUGGAUUCUUGGUGGUCCAGCAGGGAUUACAUUCUUGGUGGUCGAAUUGGGGAGCAUGUGUUCUGCACAUCUAGUGGGUGUAAGCUACAGUAAUCCCUCUCUCAAAUUCCCAGAGCUAAGUGUUUCAGAGCAAAGUCUGGAAAACUGGUGGCUGUUCUCGGUAAGUGCUGAAACCAUGAGAGUGUGCGAUUUACUGUGGUCUACCCCGUAGGAGAUGCAGACUACAUGCUCCCUGCCCUGGCCUGAGUAGCCGCUCUGCUGCUUCCCUCCGGCAAGGUUAAAGGCAAAAAGAAAGAGAAAUUUACCUGCCUGGUGUCUGGAUUUAAAUGUCCCUGGUGUCAAGCAAUAGGAAUUACAGAGUUCCACAGCAAUACAACUCAUAGUAAUGUGCUCUGUGAGUACAUGAUAGAGCUCCAUAGCAGUAACAUUUACAGUAAUAUGCAGUCUGCAUGAAUGUGUAUCAAAUAGCAUGUGUCUGCUGAAAGGGCUCUGUGACCCAACACCCUGUCCCAAACACGCUCCCAAAGCGAGAUACGCACACACACACACACACAGGAAGGUGUUGCAGACACAUUCAUGGGACACACCCUUUUUUUUUCUACGUGUCAAUAGGACACUUGUUUCCCCAGCCACUCAAGUUUGCUGCAUUGGAGUUAAUUUUUGAUCUGAAAACACACCUCUUAGUAAAUACCAUCAUCUUCAUGGGUGAUGCUCCUCUCAUUACAAUUGCCGGCAUCGGUUUCCUUACUUUCAUAGCCCAGCUUUCAUUCCCUUCAUCCCUCCUUCCAUAGUUCAUUUCUUCCACACAUCAGUUUUACAGUCUUAUUUUGAAACAUUAGGUGCUAGACAUCUAUCAGUACAGUAAUGGAUUUAUUUAUUUUCCCAUAGUGACUGUGGUACUCUUUGAAUAUCUUAGAAGAGCAUCCAUUUUACACUCAAAGUUAUGUAUGAGGUCUUCAAGUAUGAUUAAAAUAACUGCGAGAAUAUAGUCACAAUAUAGAUGGCUCAGAUUACCUAGGGGCAUGCACAUAUAGUGCUGAAAUACCGAAGUAUCCAAAUUAAUUAGACUGACUUUUGGUUAGCUGUAGACACUACACUACUAACUAUCCAUUGUGAUACGGAGUCUACAUAUUAACUAUAUAUUAAUUUUGUCACUUCCACCAUCUUGGGGGGUGAAUUUAGGCGAUCUGCCCUUGUAGGCAGUAGUUAUAGAUGAGUACUCGGCGCAACUCUAAUCCUUAAGCAGUCUGAAUCCCACUGACGGGUCUAUAUUUAAUUUGUCACCUCUCUACUGUAUUCCUCCCCAUUGUCGCAGAUGGAGUUUCAUAGUGACCCAUGAGGACGGUACAACACAUAUAGAUACAGCAUUGGUUAGACCCACUUAGCUCAGUCUGCUGCAUAUACUCUGGAGAGAGAUCACCUUGAAGAUUAUGCACCCCUUCAGUGCUGCCGAGCCGUUACUCUAGCCAGCAGCAGACAUACAGGCUAAAAAUAAGAACUAUAGUAUUAAUACACAACUACUCGCUUCUUGAACUAUAAGAUAUAUCAAAUAUUCACUUCAUAUCGGCAUAUUAAUGUUCAGCGUGACAGAGCCAAGUCUACCGUUCUGAUCUGAAGAUGAUAUUUCACAACAAUGUUUUAUGCUGAAUAAAAUAGCUCAGCGUAGUUGGUUUCUAAACCUUGACACAUUUGCCUGCAGCUGGACACAUAUGGCUACUAUUUUACUCUAGUAUCACCCAGCUUUGGGCUGCCUUUGCAAAUUCUAUCACCCAUAUUUGAAUCUUAACUGACAGUUAUGAGUGAUUUUAUUUAGUUGCGAUCAUAUUGGUAACUUAUUUCGAUCUUCUCGUUCUGUAUCAAUUACCCCCUCCAUCAUGGAAGGGGUUAAUUCAAUCACCACAGAGUAGAGUAUGUAGUUGGGCUGAAAGUAAUUACCUCACUUCUCAGUAACCACGCCCCUUCCAUGACGACACUCAUGCUGAAUGGUUACUCAAUUAACCUCCCACAUGGGCCACACACAGUUUCUCUUUUCCCCCUGACGAAGGUGCACAUUGUACUGCACCGAAACGCAUGUCGGGCGUUUUGUUUGGAGUGUGUUUAGGGCAUUUAUCACUAUGCAGUGUAGGGAUAUCUUUCUGAUUUAUAGACAUGCCUCACUCUCACUAGUUUUUUAUUUUUCACUCCUUUAUUCUUUUACUGCUCUACCUAUCCAGUCAGUUUAACAGGGAGAGAGGUUUUACUACACUUAACUGUUUUAAGUAACCCAUUUCCUAUAUCACUUUCCUGUACAUUGUACUUUUGUGUGUGUGUGGAUAUUUUAGUUUGCAGCUGAAUAUACUACAGUACUCUUAUUAUCCAAUCUAUGUUUAUUCAUGCUUCACAUGGAUAGUACUAUGGUCUAACCUUUAGUCAAUCUCUGUUACUUAACACUUAGACCAUGCUUUAACCCCUUGUCUACCUGGGUACACUGGUAUACUUUUCCAGUGCACUAUUUACCUACCAAGGACUAAUGAAGCUACUCUUAACUUGCUGCUUUAUUCGGACAGAACUAUGGUUUAACCUCUAGUUAAUCCCUAGCAGGCCCUUUUCACCUUUUGUCUCCGUUAAUAUUCGGUAUGUCAAUUUGUGGCAUCAUGGAAGUGUUCUUUGGCAGAUGUUCUGAGCCCCUCAUGGAUCAGGACAUGCACAUGUGUCAUAAAUUCUAACAGUUCCAACUGUCUCCAUCCAACAUUCACUUGUAACCAGCAUUGUUACCCAGAUACUACUGAAGUUACCAUAAUACGUGUCUAAGUUUUUUGGGAAAUAUUAAAACAAACAUGAAAGCUGCCCGUGAUAAGCUUUUACAGCGUUUCAGGAAUUAUUUCACAUAGUUGUUGUUUGAUAUCCCCAUUCUAUAAUUUGUAAAGUGCUGUGGAAUAUGUUGGAACUGUAUAAAUGCUAAUAAUAACCAUAAUAAUUGUUCACUUUGUUUCUGUGCCUGACCUACGAUAGUACAGAGUAAUUAUACCUUGUUUAACAUUAGUGUGUAUAAAAUAUUAACGAAAAUGUAUGUUGUGUUAUCAAUCAACGAUGUGAUGGUGAUCUUUACAUUGUUAAGAUUAAGCCAAAAUCUUGUUUGUGUUUUGCAACAGAAAAUUGUACGUUGUCUUGUCCGUGCUUCUUUGCCUUUUGAUAUGUGGCCUGGUUCUGUUUUUCUUGUUUCCCCGAUCAAUAAUGGUGCAAGAUGGUGGAAUCAAAAUGGUAACCGUUUGGUUUGACAAAGAAAAUAAAGUUGUAACUAUCGCUAUGACGGUAAGCUUAUAUCCCAACUUGAAAAAUAACUGAGCUGUGAAUUUCAGUGACUGUACUGUUUCAUUAUUUAAAUCUUUAGAUAGCUUAAUGUGUGUGUGUUUAUCUAAACCACUUUCACUGAUUUAAGAGUCCUCAUAAAGUUAAUAAACAGAAAUAUCAAAAUUAAUUGAAAAGCAAAGAGGCAUAGUAACAUUGGCAGGGAAUGUGGCAGUGGGAGCUGCAGGCAGAAAAUGACACACAAACUGCAUUCACACAGAUUAAUCGUAAAAACAAAACACCUCUAUAUUGACACACUCACUAACCCUCCACACAAAACUCCAGUGCACAUAUACACCACUGCAUUCACACAUACACUUACUGCACACAAAACACCCAUGUAUUGACAUAUACUGACAAGUACAUGCCACAAAUAUAUUCUGACAUACAAAUACACCAUGUGCUAAAGUGUGUUUUUGAAAUAUUUACAGGAAAAUUACUAUUAUGUUCAAAUUGUUAAAAAAAAAAAUUUAAAAAAUGAAUAUAACUGAUAUUUUUAUUGUUGUUAACAUUAGUUUUAAACAAACCCUCAAAGCACCAUAACUACUACAGUGUGCUGUAGCCCUCUCCCAUUAUAUGUAGUCAAACUAGGGUAUGUUGGUUUCUGCUCUACAACUUCCAACAGAGAGACAGAAGUUUCUGCUUAGAAACUUUUGUUGGCUCCCGUGAGCUAAGCCUUGUAUUGCAGGACUAGCUGUGUUGCUGAAAUCAUCUGGUUGUUAGCUGAUAUUUCACAACCAAUGAACCUUUCAUUGCUGAGCUUGGUUCAUACUGAGAGCUAUCAGCUUUCUGUCAAAAGUGGAAGCAGAAAGUGGCGCCUGGCAGAUCCCAUGUAAGUGGGUGUGACUACUUACAAUGGAUUAGGGCUACCAGGGAACUCCUGGCACAUUAUCCACUAAAGUGCAAGAUAGUAGUUAUGGUGUUUGAAGUGUUCCUUUAAAGGGACACUAUAGUCACCACAACAACUACAGUUUAAUGUAGUUGUUCUGGUGAGUAUAAUCAUUGCCUUAAGGCAUUUUCAUGCAAACACUCCUCAGAUGGUCACUGGAGAUGCUUCCUAGGGCAGUGCUGCACAGUAGGCAGCACUGCCGUUUAGCGUCUCCACGCUCUGCAUGGGGACGCUGAAUUUUCCUCAAAGAGAUGCAUUGAUUCACUGCAUCUCUAUGAAGAAGUGCUGAUUGGCCAAAAUGGCAUUUGGCCCUGCCUCCUUGCCGAUUCUAGCUAAUCCAAUGCUUUCCCUAUGAGAGAGCAUUGGAUUGGCUAAAAAUCGGCAAUUAUGAUGAUGGCAUCAAGGAGGCGGAUUGGGGGCGGGACCAGCGCCGGCGGACCCUUGUGGCGCUGGAAAUAAGGUGAGUUUUAAUUCUUUUUAAGGUGGCUGAAGGGGGGGGAGGGGGCAAGCCAUUUAAAUGGUGGAUUUAACACUAUAGGGUCAGGAAUACAGGAUUGUGUUCCUGACCCUAUAGUGUUCCUUUAAGUUUAGCUAUAGUUCAUGAACAAUUAAACCGCUGUUUGGCCUCUGACUUUUAGACUUGGUGGAAUCUGUCAAGCCCUGUUUUAAAUUAUUCUUUUUCUUAAAGGACAACUAUAGUCACCCAGAUCACUUCAGCUCAAUGAAGUGGUCUGGAUGCCAGGUCCCCUACGUUUUAACCCUUCAGAUGUAAACAUAGCAGUUUCAGAGAAACUGCUAUAUUUACAUUGUAGGGUUAAUCCAGCCUCUAGUGGCUGUCUUCCUGACAGCCGCUAGAGGCGCUUCCUCAAUGCGAACAUCACAUUGAGCACGCAGAACGUCCGUAGGAAAGCAUUGAGACAUGCUUUCCCAUGGGCGUUUUUUUUAAUGCGCACAGCUCUGGCCGUGCAUGCACAUUUGGCUCCACUCGGUAGCUGACAUCGGAGGGGGAGAAGAGGUCACCAGCGCCGAGGGAUAAAGGUAAGUGGCUGAAGGGGUUUUAAUCCUUUCAACCCAGCGGGGGGGCCCUGAGGGUGUGGUGGGACAAACAAGUUUGUUUUCCUGACACUACAGUUGUCCUUUUAAGAAUGCUAGUUUUUCAGGGCCACUUUGCAUACAUAUUAAGAUUGUUCUGUCCUUAUCUGGAUUGUACAGUUGCGUAAUUAUUCCAGCACAUUUUAUUAUUUUGGUUAACAAAACCACGCUGUCUUCAUUAAUUGUGUUCUCAAAAUUAGUUUUAUUGUAAACCAGAUUAAUUGAAUUUUAAAUGAACUCUAUAGCAUUAGAAAUAAAAACAUGUCUUACAACCCAGAGGGAAGCAUCUGAAGGCUAGUGCACAUUCACAGCAAUUCACUGAGCGGUGCCCAUCAUAUGGUCUAUGUGGGCAUCAUUUACUUCCACCACUUACUUCCAGCGCCGCGCGUGUCUGCCGGCACUGGCUCCGCCCCUAUGGUGACAUCAUCAGAAUUGCCAAUAUUUAGCCAAUCCAAUUCUUUCCCAUUGGGCCAAUCAGCACCUCCUCAUAGAGAUACAUUGAAUUAGUGUUCAUCACUAUGAGGAAAAUUCAGCGUCCCCAUGCAGAGCGUGGAGACGCUGAACAGCACUGCUGCCUACUGUGCAGCACGGAGCCAGGAAGCACCUCCAGUGGCCAUCUGAGGAGUGGCCACUUGGAGGCAUCCCUAGGGGCAAUGUUAACAAUGCGUUUUCUCUAAAAUGGCAGUGUUUGCAGGAAAAUGCCUGCAUAUAAUGAUUAUACUCACCAGAACAACUACUAUUUUAUUGUAGUUAAGAUUGUUCUGUCCUUAUCUGGAUUGUACAGUUGCGUAAUUAUUCCAGCACAUUUUAUUAUUUUGGUUAACAAAACCAGGCUGUCUUCAUUAAUUGUGUUCUCAAAAUUAGUUUUAUUGUAAACCAGAUUAAUUGAAUUUUAAAUGAACUCUAUAGCAUUAGAAAUACAAACAUGUCUUACAACCCAGAGGGAAGCAUCUGAAGGCUAGUGCACAUUCACAGCAAUUCACUGAGCGGUGCCCAUCAUAUGGUCUAUGUGGGCAUCAUUUGAUGGCGAACACAUUCUGGCUCUGUUCUCACAGGGAAAGCACCUCUAGUGGCUGUCUUAUUGACCACCGCUAAAGGAUUUUUAACCCUGUAAUUAUAACACUGCUGUAUUAUUUAAACUGCGAUGACUUAGAUUGUCAGGUUAAAAUAACCACUGCACACAGACCACAUCAUCCAAUUUAAUCUAUACAUUGUUCUUGAAAAAAAUGCUAGCAAAUGAUUUGUUUUAUUAUUUAUGCCUCCUUUUGUGAAUUGCAUAUAAUAAUAUUUCUAAAUUACUGUAUAAUUUCUCAUGGCAUUUAUAUCUUAUGAGUUCUUCUUUUAUGAAUUUGUCAAUACAGAGUGCUAUGUCUAUAAAGAAUUCCAACUUUUAUGCAAUAUCUGUCACCAAUCUAAUCACCCAAGUGCAAUACAUGAAUACUGUGAUUGGAACGGAACAGCUGACCAAUGUUACUCUCAUACCACCACUCAGUGAUAAAAUGGUACGUUGUAUUGUGAGCAAUAAAUUGUGUUGUUUUAAAGUACUUUUACAGACCCACCUUAAGCACUAUGUUUUGCAAGUCAUUACAGUAAAUAUUUGAGUAAGUAGGAGCCCAAGGUUAUGUGUGUAAAGCAAAUGAUAACUUUUGUGAUACUGAUGAAAGAAUAGGUGGGUUAGUGGGAUUGGUUUUCAUGUUGUAAACAUGCAACAGGCUGCAAAAAAAUGCAGACAUGUAUGUUUUAAAUUAGAGAAAGCUUAGGUAUUAUUAUUAUUCAAAUUGGUAAAAUAAAGUGCAUGAUUUAUUUUCUGAAAUGUGAUGGUAUCAGACAUGUAUAUGUUUUAAAUUAGAGAAUGCUUAGGUAUUAUUAUUAUUCAAAUAGGUAUAAUAAAGUGCAUGAUUUAUUUUCUGAAAUGUGAUGGUAUCUACAGUUUUUCUUUCUCCCCCCCUCCCCCUCCCUGUUUAAAGUACUCCGUCAUGGGUUACAGGCUUGUUACACAUGUCACACUAUUGUCCUGUACAUCCAGGACAUUCUACAAGCUGGAACUUUUAAAGUCAUAAAUGUAUACAGGAUGAGGUCUAAUUUAAAAAAUAAAAAUAAAAAAAUAUGUAGAAAUGCAAGCGGUUUGUAAACUGUCACCCAGCUUGAAAAAGAAUGAUGAGUGUCGGAGAUAUGGAAUUUUUUAUUUGUCACCUGAAGUCUCAAUGUAAUGUACAGUACUCCAUAAGCACAAAUAUAUCAAGGCUGAGGCAUCUAAUAAUAAGCAUUUCAGAGAGCUGCAAGCUCUAUUUCUUCUGUUUUAUUUAUUUAUUUAUUGUAUUAGAAUGAUAUGUUUACAGAUAGACUAUUUCAGCCUUAGUAUCUGUGUCAGCAUACCUAUAUCUGUUCAUUGUCAACUCUGUGAAGCAUUCAUUCCCAGUGGUUGCCCCUUCCCAAAUUGCACCUAUUUCACCCUCUCUUUUACUGCCCCAGUCUAUGCACACAAGCCUGGGAACAACAUACUUUCUCCUGCUCCUUAAACUUCUUGGCACUGACUAAAACCUGUUUCUCUUUUGCUUUGACCCUGCUACCUCUGUCUCCCAAACCUAUGGUGGAUUGCCCUUAUCCCCCUCCCCCAGGUCAUGUGAUGCUAAGGGUGGUGGUGUAAGUUGGGUUUGCUUUGCCAUUACUGUUCCAUCCAACCUUUGCCCCCUUGUUUCUUUUUUUUAUCGUUUGAACUCCACUCCAUCAAUCUCUUUAGUUCUCUCACAGCCCGUAUUGCUGUUAUCUACAACCCCCCCCAACUCUCCUCUACACUUACUCGACCAACUAUGUGCUUGGCGUCCUUACUUUAUCUCCUCUGUCAUUACUGCCCACUUCUGCUCGUUACCGCAUUGCCAACUCUCAUCUGCAAGAUUUUUCGAGAGUUGCCCCAUUCCUUUCAAAUUUGAUACUCUGGUCCUUUAAGUAGUCAGUAAAAACCCACCUCUCUAUGAAAGCUUAUCAUCUUCCUGGGUGACGCUCAUCUCAUUUCACUGCCCUCAUCAGUUCCCUUGACGCCAUAGCCCAGCUCACUCUCUCUCUUACUAUUGUUCAAUUCGUUCACAUUCCACUUUUACCAGCUUAUUUUGACACCGACAUCUUAUCCAUCAGCCCCUACCCACUCUAACCGGCUGGUAUUUCUCAUGUGUGUCUUUACCCCUUCCUCAGAGAUUGUAUGCUCAUUUGAGUAGGACAUUCUUUUCCUCUUGUUAUAUUCUGUAUGUAAGUUACUUGUUAAAAAUCCUCAUUUUAGAAUUGCAUAAUGCUGCAGACUAUAUUGACACUAUAUAAUGGAUAAACUAUUAUAUGACAUACUUUCACAAGUAUUGUGGAAUUUACAUUUGGUUAAUGUGUUUAAGUUCAUGUAAAUGUUUAGUUUCGUAACUUAGAUAAGAUAUAAUUGAACAUAAAGUAUACAUGAAUAAAUAUUUUUUUUAUUUUUUUCAAUAAUUCAAUUGUUCAGACAAAAACACUGUUGACAAAUGCAGGUAGAUUUUUGUAUCAAGAGCUGCAUAUACAUUACUGGUUCUUGUGUUUCCUAGGUUAAUGUCACGGUCAAGUUGGAAUUGGGUGGGACUCUCUCCUAUUUUUAGUAAGUAUUUCUUCUUAUAGAUCUGUGUGUUUAAUAUUACACAAUUUAUGUAAUUUCUGUAUCAUAGAUCAAGCAAAAACUGUAUUCCUUUUUCAUCUUCACCUUUACCUUCUGAGUAACUAAAGGAACACUAUAGGGUCAGGAACACAAACAUGUAUUCCUGACCCUAUAGUGCAAAACCCACCAUUUAGGUGGCUUGUCCCCCCUUAGCCACCUUAAAAGAUAAUAAAACUCCACUUACAUCCAGCGCCGCGCGUGUCUGCCGGCACUGGCUCCGCCCCUAUGGUGACAUCAUCAGAAUUGCCAAUAUUUAGCCAAUCGAAUUCUUUCCCAUUGGGCCAAUCAGCACCUCCUCAUAGAGAUACAUUGAAUUAGUGUUCAUCACUAUGAGGAAAAUUCAGCGUCCCCAUGCAGAGCGUGGAGACGCUGAACAGCACUGCUGCCUACUGUGCAGCACGGAGCCAGGAAGCACCUCCAGUGGCCAUCUGAGGAGUGGCCACUUGGAGGCAUCCCUAGGGGCAAUGUUAACAAUGCGUUUUCUCUAAAAUGGCAGUGUUUGCAUGAAAAUGCCUGCAUAUAAUGAUUAUACUCACCAGAACAACUACAUUAAGCUGUAGUUGUUCUGUUGACUAUAGUGGCCCAUUAAACACUGAGAUAUAUAUGAUCUACUGGUAAUAAAUAUACUCCAUAGAUAAAGAAAUAGGUUUUAAUGACCUAUACCAAGUGAAUAGAACAUUCCAUGCCCACUCCCCGUCUCCUAGCCUUUAGUUCGGUCUUCCCACAAGUUCCACUCCUCCUCUAACUGAAAUCAUCAGUGCUGAUGUUCUCAGCCAAUCCAAUGAUUGCCCAUGAGGAAGCAUUAAUUGGGGACUGGUAUGCAUGAGUGGUUAUCACUGCCCUGCACCAGUGCAUCUCUAUAGAUAAUGUUUGGUGUCUCUAUGCAGAGAGUGGAAACAAAUACAAAUUUCCUCCAAGAAGCCCUGUCGUGGCUCUCUAUGUGUCAGUCAGUAGGAGUGGCGUUAGGCAGCAGUGUAAACCAAUCUUUUACUGCAGAGACACCAGAACCAUUACAUUUAGCUGUAUUUGUUCCGAUGCUUGUUGUGUCACUUUGUGUUUAUAAGUUUACAUAAUAUUGUUCAUCUCCCUAUCUAAGGCAUUGCUUUUGUUUUAUCACAAAGGUUUUACUGAGUUUUGCUUUUUCACUUUACAUGUGUGCAAUUUACCCAUAGGAAUGAGUAAGAGGUGUACUGUGCAGUUUAAGCAUUUCACAGUACUCUUUCAAGGACCUCCCUUUAUAUCGGGAAAGCAUUGCACAUUUUUUUAGGUUAAUAUCAUACAAAAGUAAAAUUAGAUGACGAUAUUAAAAAAAAAAAAAAACGCAAAUGAAAAAUGCUAAAAAAAGGUUUGCAAAUCACUGUGAAGUUUGCUAACGUUUUACUCUGAAAGCUGGAUUGUCAGUAUUUUGAGUUCCAUCGUUUCUUUAAAUUUUUCCCUCAAUUUAGUGACUUUUGCACCUUGACCUCUGUGAAAGUUCACAACAUUGUCGUUUUUAUGAGGUAUGUAAAAUUUUAUUUUAAUGUUUGACAUUUUUAGACUGUUAUGUCCCAUCAUCCACAAAAUUACAUUCUAGAAACCAUUAGUACGUUAUGGUUAUUUAUAAACAAUCAUGAUUUUCACCUACAGUGACCCCUUAAAGUUAAGAACAUCCCAUAAAUCAUAAACGAACAGUAUAGGGUUUAGGAACACAACCAUGUAUUCCUGACCCAAUAGUGUUAAAACCACGAUCCAGCCCCCCUUGUCCGCCCUUACACCCUAAAUAUAAUUAAAUUUUUACUUGUAUUCAAGUCUGCAGCUGCUGUCUCUGCCCCUGAUCUGUCUGUUUGGCUGAUGUCAUAAAAAGUGAUUCUCUGAGCCAUUUACAAUGCUUUCCCAUAGGAUUGGCUGAGACUGUCAAGGAGGCAGAUCGGGGCAGAGCCAGCACACAUCAAACACAGCCCUGGCCAGAAUCUCCUCAUAGAAAUGCGUUGAAUCAAUCAAUCUUGGGGGAAAGUUUAUUGUCUGCAUGCAGAGGGUGGAGACACUGAAUGGCAGUACUGCAGAGUGUGAAGCACUGCCCCAGGAGGCACCUCUAGUAGCCGUCUGAGUGGGUAGAGUUAUCACUAGGCUGUAAUGUAAACACUGUGUUUUCUCUGAAAAGACAGUGUUUACAGCAAAAAGCCUGAAGGGAAUGAUUCUACUCACCAGAACAAAUACCAUAAGCUGUAGUUGUUCUGGUGACUAUAGUGUCCCUUUAAAACAUAAUCUCACAAUUUUUGGAUGUAUGAUUUUUGUAUGCUACCAUAACCUUUUCUUUAUGUGUGAUCAAUAGAAUCCAGGUUAUUCUUUUAGUGCUGGAGCAAAACGCAUUCUAACAAUAUUGCAGACUUACCUUUCCUUUUACUGACCUAUUAUGUAUUCUUCUCUUCCAGAACAUCUUUGAAAUUCUCCUAUAUUGGGCACUUGUCUCAAAGUUCCUUGGAAACCUAUCAAUAUAUUGAUUGUGGAGCAAAUUCAACAAUACCUAGAGAUCACUCAAUAAACUAACAAUGUCUCUGAGUAACAAUAGACAUAAUACCUGAUGUUUUCACUGUGAUACUUCAGUGGAAAGCAUUAUAUUUUUGUUACCACUGGAAUCUCGAGUACAUGUUUACGUAAAAAUAUACAAAAAUCAAAAAAAUUUACUUAAUUAUGACAUUUUCUGUAUAAUCAUGUUGGAGGGCUUUAUACUUGCUUGAGCAGUUUUGUCCUAUACUACAAGUGAAGCAGUAGUAUUUAAUCAUGUUUAAAGGGACAUUUCAUUUCAGAACAAAUCUUCUGGGUCUGCUGUUGCUGCCUGGAGACGGAAUUGGCUGUGAUCGCUCAGGCAAUCCUUGUUCCUCCAUUGGUUUUAAAGGAAAUACUGCACCCAUAUGCAGCAGGGGUUUAUGGCAUUUAUAGUGCAGCUCUCUGGUAUGAUCUGUACAGCCAUCUGCAGAAAUGGAAUUGAGUAGUUUCUUUCAUGAAAAAUAUUUGUGAAGCUGCUCUUGCAAGUUAAAAAAGCUGCCAGAUUACUUGUAUUAACUUGUGUGAAUAGUUUUUUGUUUUGUUUGUUUUUUAAAUUAAUUAAUGAAAGUAAAACACAUAUUUGGCAUUGCGGAAUAUCGAAUUUAAGAUACUCUUGCGUGCUUGAUCUGCACAGUGGGGUAUUAGAAUGGUCUUUCAUGUUGUAAUUUCUUAAACAAUGGUGAAUUUUGUUUAAAAUGCUAGUAUUUACUUCUGGUUUGUGAACAAGAAGGACAAGUAUUAAAUAUUAAACACCCACAUUGUUCGCAGCCUAAGCAAGGAUUUUUCAAUUAGCUGUAUUUUGUCAUUAAUACAAUAGCACAUACGAAGCACAAGAUGUUUUUUAUGUUUAGUUAUUAAACAAUAAAAUCACUCUGCACAUCUAAAAGUAAAAAGGUGGCAUUUAAAUAUACUUUUCUGCUGUAGAGCUAUUUUUUUUUUUUUUUUUAAACAAAUUAAAAAAACAAACAAGCGGGUUUUAGUCAAUUGUAAUCUAGAAUUGCUUUAAAAGAUUGGUUUCUGUACUUGUGUACUCAAGAAGUAUUUUUCCUAAUUUUAAUCAGACAUUUUUAAAUUUCAUUUUGUACUGCUCUUUAAUAAUCCUAUUCCACAAUAAAAUGAUGGGCUGUAUAGAUCUGCCAAAGCUAAAUAAGUGGAAUGUUACCGUUUUCGUAUACAGUAUACAAGGACAAGACUGUCUUAGUAGGAUUUGGUAAUUAAAGACUUAAAAUACGUGUUUGUUUGUUUUUUUAAAGCAAAAAAUAAAACUUUGGGUACUAUAUUGCCUUUGAAGCUAGUUCCAUAUAUUCCUAAAUUAUGUAAUGUCAAAUUGUAUUAGGUUUUGUCUUUGAAUAAGUUAAGCAUUUGUUUCAGAAUUAUAGAUCACAGUUUGAAUUCUGUGUAGAAGGUAUUUAUUUAGAAUUCUAGAGCAUUUGUCAGUAUAACAAUCUGGCAUAAUUCAGCUUGGGAAGGAUAUAUAAACUGUGCAUUCACAUAAUUUCUGAGUGUAUUUAAAUUACUGCACUGUAAUGUAUAUAUUGUCUCAUUUUCUGUUUCAGACCACAGCAGUUGGAAUAGCUUAGAAAAAUAUAUGCUCUAAUUAUAUUCCUUAUUGUGACUAUGGACUUACUACUUUCUCCAACUGCUAUAAUAUAUAGUACAGAGUACAUUUGAGGAUAUUUAUUUGCACAUUCUUCAGUAUCGUAGUAAGAAGUUGGUCCAUUGCUCUACUAUAGCAAGAGCUUGUUUGACUUGCUGCUAAAGAUCUGAGAAUCCCAUUAUCCUCUUAGUUGUAUUCUAAGCUAGUUGGGAAUCAUGAAAGCAUUGGCUCAACAGCAGGCAAAAUAAUCUUUUAAAGUAACAAUAUUAAAAGCAAAUUGUGAAUUAAAAGUAAAUUUCAAAUGUAAGGGUGGAUUAACUGGAAACAUUCUCUAAACCAGCAAUGCUUUCAGUUCAACUAUUCUGGGCUUAAAUUUGAAUUUCACUUUGAAUUCUCACUUUAGAAAUUACCCUGACAGUGUUUGUCUUUUUUGGUCAUAUUCAAUAAAGUGUGGAUAUUCCAAUGUUUGAUGAACCCAAUCAAGCUUAAAAUUUAUGUAAAAUCCUAGUUUCUGAAAGGAAAAAAAAUAUGUUGCUGUGGCACUUGAAAAUGAAUCUCCAUCUGCUUAGUUCUUCAAACAUUUGCCAAUAUCUGGGUAUCCUGUUAAUGAUCAGGAUGCUUCACACGCAUUAUUUUAUUUUGUCGGCAAGAGCUAGGUUAAUAUUGCUGGGAAAGUAUUUUGUUUACAUGUACUUUUUGAAGGACUGAUUGUUUUGUUUUACAUUAUGCACAGAUGUUAAGCUUUUUAAUUUGGUUAGCGAAGAGUGAAUAAAGGGCAUAAAAUAGUGGCUCCUAAACCCCAGUUUAGUACUCAUUUGAGACAUCAUUCUAAUUUUUUUAUUUUAUUUUUUGAUCCUCUAUAAAUUGCUAAAUAACUUCAUAUUUAUCAGACUCAAAGCAACUGCCUGGAUUAAGUGUCCUGUACCAUCACUGCUUUUAAUAAUGCAGUGAAGUACCCUUUAUCACUAGCAAUGGUUUAACGAAGUUGGUGUGCAAAAUUUAAUGUAAUGUAUAUUAUAUUACAAAAGAAAAUGGGUCGUCAAGCAAAUGCCAUCUUUAUAAUUUUGUGUUCUAAAAGUUUAAGAACCACUGAGUUGAACAUGGACUUCAUUGACUGUUGAAUGCUAAAAAUUUGAAUUUGACUGUUUAAAUCUUUUUGUCAUUAUACUGGUAUUUUAUUUUUAAAACAUGAUUUGACUUGUGUACAUUAAUUUAGUAAGAUUAAUAAAAUACAAAAUAAACUUCAACUGUUUUCUUCUCGUUUGAUUACACAUUAUGUUCUAUGAAAAAUUUAAGUAUUGAUUCAUGAGUUUACCUUUUGCUUUCAUUUAUUUUAUUUUGUUCCACCAUAUCCUGUAAGUUCUGAAUUUUACCUGUGAUCUAGUAAAAUACAGAAAAUGACCAUGUAUAAUGAUAAAUAUA